GAAUGAGUGAGGCUAGCAAACCCUCGAUAAAAACUAUAAUAGAUUCUGCAUCACUCUCCACCCCUCCUUCUCCUUCUACAGAGAUUUACAGAUCCAACAUCCGAGACCGAGCUUGGUCUCGUUCACUUGAGAGUUGAGAGUUCACAUAUUAGUUUUCGCACUGCAGAAGAAACCUUGCGCAUUUUUCUUCUUCGCUCUACGCAAUUGAAUUUCUUCGAACAUUUGCAAUCUCUUAUCAUUUAGACCAACUGGAUUGAAUUGGAUCUGUGGCUUCCCUGUCACGAUCUCGUAAGGCCGAUAGCAGAUCAAGCGUUGCCAUCUGAAAAAUUUCUCACCGAGAACCAUAACUUCCUGAUUCUGGGAGUUCUUAGAUGUAAGUUUGAUUCUCAUUGUCUCUGUGUGGUUUUUUUAAUGGAGAAAACCGGCUACACGAUGAGAUCGAAAUUUAGCCUGAUUCAUGAAUUAUAGAUCGUAGAGAAUGGAUGCAUCUUCCCCGCCGGGAAGCUUCUCGGUGGUUGAGAGGACAAGCAGUAAUAACAGUUUGGCUCUCGGUCGAACCAGUUCGGCUUCGAUCAGGUCGCUUACGGAGCACGAAUCGUCUGCAUCUUCGUCUUUUGGUGGUAGCCAAAGCUUAGCUUCGAUUCUGAACAAUCCACACGUUGGCAAGUCUGGUGUUUAUGGCUCUGAUGCUUCUUGGGUGGGUUGGUGGUCUUCUUCGUCAGGCGGUGGUCCUCCUGAAUUGGCCCCUUUGACGCUGAACAAGGCGGUCUCCUUCACGGAGGUGAACCGAUCCGAUUUCCAGCCUUACCUGGCUUCGAUCUUGGAGUCAUAUGCAAAAUUCGAGGACAUCAGGCACCAUGCCACUAAAGAAAAUAGUGACUCGGUUGAGACCAGUUUGGCAUCCUUGAAUUCUUUGAGUAUUACCGGUGCCGGAGAAGGGGAGGUCGCCCGUGGUCAAGGCGAAGCUCUUGUUGCGUGUCUGAGGGAAGUCCCGUCUUUGUAUUUCAAAGAGGAUUUUGCGUUGGAAGACGGGGGGACAUUUCGUGCGGCUUGCCCUUUCUCGACUCUAUCGGAGAAUGUGGUGUUGCAGGAGAAAUUAUCGCAGUACUUGGAUGUUGUCGAGUUGCACUUAGUGAAGGAGAUUGCGCUUCGAUCGGAUUCUUUCUUUGAAGCUCAGGGGCAACUGCAAGACUUGAAUGUCAAGAUUGUGGAGGCAUGCGGUCGGAUCCGCGAACUGAAGGAGACCAUAAGGCUCCUAGACUUGGAUUUGGUUGAUUCCGCCAGGCAGAUUCAGGAGUUGAAUGCGACGAGGGGCAAUCUGUUGGCUCUCCAACAAAAACUGAGGCUCAUCUUAAAUGUGAACCAAGCCCUUUCAGCUCUGAAGCUGCUAGUUGCAGCAGCAGAUUGUGCUGGAGCAUUGGAUGUCAUUGAUGACUUGCAAAAUUUAUUGGAUGGUGAUGACCUUACCGGUCUUCAUUGCUUCCGUCACCUCCGGGACCAGUUAGCAACAUCUUUGGAUUCCAUAAACAGCAUUCUCUCAGCAGAGUUCAUGCGUGCAUCUAUGCAUGAUAUCAAAGAUGCAGAUUGGGUAAUUUUAUCAGAAGUGAAAGCAAAGGCUUCAAAUCUCACCAAUGGGAAAGAUGAAGAAGUUAAGCUGGAUGAAGAGGAAACUGCCAACUUUCAUGAUCGUCUUCUCCCCCUUAUUAUUGGAUUGCUCAGAACAAUGCAGGCACAUUUAUUGCGGGCUGCUGAAGUGAAAAAAGCCAUUGAGUGGAUUAUGAGCAACCUUGAUGAUUACUUUGCUGCAGAAUCUGUUGCUACUGCUGUUGCACGUGGUGCAGCAGCUGCCGAACUAGCUCAAGAUACUGAUGGUCUGCUUAGUUCCCCUGUGCCUUAUUCCCUUCAAAGGACAGCUUCUAAGGCUUCGUUUCAGGGAAAGUCAAAUGAUGCUUCAAGUCCAUCAAAUAUGUCAAGAAAUUUCAGAGCUGAUGUGCUUCGAGAAAAUACAGAAGCUGUGUUUGCAGCUUGUGAUGCUGCUCAUGGAAGAUGGGCAAAACUCCUCGGUGUCCGUGCUCUUCUGCAUCCUAAAUUAAGAUUGCCGGAGUUUUUAAGCAUUUACAACAUCACUCAGGAUUUCAUAAGUGCUACUGAGAAGAUUGGUGGAAGGUUGGGCUAUAGCAUCCGCGGAACACUGCAGUCCCAGUCGAAAGCCUUUGUUGAUUUUCAACAUGACUCUAGAAUGGCAAAGAUUAAGGCAGUCCUUGACCAAGAAACAUGGGUUGCGGUAGAUGUACCUGAUGAAUUCCAGGCUAUCGUGGACUCUCUUUGUUCUGAAUCUUUGAUCAAUGGGAGCCAGGUCGAUGCUCAUGGUAAUAUGGCAGCAAGCUAUGUUGAUCAAGUCUCAAAAACCAGUGCUCCGCUCUUGGUAGAUGGUGGGGGAUCUUAUACGCAACAGCAUAUUGAACAGCCUGACUCUGUUGAGACCUUAGAAGAUGAUGGUGGACAAAUCAAAUCCACUUCAUUGGCUGGUGGACAUCAUGGAAGUAGAACAGAUGUUUCAGCUCUUUCUACUCGAAAUGAAGAUGGUAACAUGAAGGAACAUGGGAAAUCUUCCUCUCAAACCCUGGUAUAUAAAGGUCUUGGUUAUCAUAUGGUGAACUGUGGGUUGAUAUUGCUGAAGAUGCUGUCAGAGUACAUUGAUAUGAACAAUUGUUUGCCAGUGUUGUCACCUGAAAUAGUGCACCGUGUUGUAGAACUUUUAAAAUUUUUCAACACAAGAACAUGUCAGCUUGUUCUUGGUGCUGGUGCCAUGCAGGUGUCUGGUUUGAAGUCCAUUACUUCUAAACAUUUGGCUCUUGCAAGUCAGGUUAUUAGUUUUACCUGUGCUAUUAUUCCAGAAAUCAGACGUGUUCUUUUCCUCAAAAUACCCGAGUCUCGUAAGGCACUUCUGUUGUCCGAGAUUGAUCGAGUAGCUAAGGAUUAUAAGGUUCAUCGUGAUGAGAUACAUACAAAACUAGUACAGAUAAUGAGGGAAAGAUUGCUCGUACAUUUACGUGACUUGCGUCGAAUUGUUGAGAGUUGGAAUAGACCAGAGGACAAUGAUUUACAGCCUAGUCAGUUUGCUAGGUCCUUGACCAAGGAAGUAGGCUUUCUACAACGUGUCUUAUCUCGAACUCUUCAUGAGGCAGAUGUUCAAGCAAUUUUCAGGCAAGUGGUUCAAAUUUUCCAUCAUCAAAUUUCGGAAGCAUUUUCACAGUUAGAGAUUACCACUCCUCAAGCAAAGAAAAGGCUGCAUAGGGAUAUUCAACAUAUUCUUGGAUGUAUUCGCUCAUUGCCUUCUGAUAAUAUAAGUGCAGUUGGUGUGCCAAAUUCUGGGGAACUUGAUGAAUUCUUGAUGCAAAUGUUUGGACCCGAAGAGGGCUGAAGAAUGUGUAAAGUAGCAAAGCAGUAUAUCUGUAUGAAGACUAACCAAAUAUGAAGGAAACAUUUUGAGGGGCAUGCAAGGAAUGAACUCCUCGGGCUACACUCUGUACAAUUGAAGUAAGGUGUUCCAUUUGCUCCAGCCAUUACUUGGACGAGGGCCUGACCCCUGUUUAUUUCUUGCUCUAAAACGAGGUUUCGACCAGAAUUAUAUCAGGUCAUUAGGACAUCAUGUUAACCUGCUGCUGCAAACACAAUUCAGAAUAUGACUGGACUUCAGGGUCUCUUUCCGUGACCAAAAUUUUAGGUCUAGUUAAACAAUUUUUUGUUCAAUGAUUCAGUUACACUGGACAAAAAAUUGGCUUUCAUUUCAAAUUUUGUUUUCUUUUUUUCUGGGUCAGUAAUCAUUUAUGUCAUCGAGAAUAAUUGUAUCUGUGAGUAUUGUUUUGAUGUAAGCUUGCCUGUUGAUUGCAUUAUUUUUUGUUCAGAUCAUUAGCCUUC